CUCGCCACCAUAAAAAGUGAAUCCCGUUUGAAGCACCUACUACAGCGACUACCAAGCUACUGCCCUGAGUCUAUGGUAAGUGCCGAUUUCUGAUCUACAAAUAGUCUUUGGUCAAAUGCGUCUGUAAUAAAGUCGGCUAUGAAAUCUUUCAUUACGACACAGGAAAUGUAUCGUGGCCAUGGCAAAGCUUAUAAGCAUUAAUCACAAGUCUAUUGCACCUGGUUUGGCUACAAGUAUAAAAUAAGUAUCAAAAAGCGGAGCUUGAAACCAGGCUUAACGCUCCCCACCCGCCAACGUAAUUACAAACCCUAAUGUUUUUGAUCUGCUCGAAACAGCCAAUUAGGAACCAGUCUGUCAUUAGCUAGAGUUAAGUACUUUAUUUUAUUUGCACACAUGUCCUGCACUAAUUUGUUAAAAUGGAUCAGAUUUUUGGAUUUUGGAAACGAUUUCACCAGCAUAUUAGCACUGAAGUUCCAAGGUUCCUUUUACUCUAAGAACCCACAAAACAUCUCAAAGCGGUUCUAAGGGAUUGUUUCUAAGGGAAUGUUUAUUGGCUCUGUGAGGUAUAAUAGUAGUUGUACUUGGAGUGCUGCAAAAAUGUGCCUUCCACCGCCUGUCGACCUUCAUGUUACGAAAUCUUCUUGGGUUCCCCCAUUACAAAUCAUGUUUAUACUUAAUGUAAAGAUAUUGCUUCUCUCCGUCGGCCUCGCAAAUUAUAGUGAUGCCUCCUGACAAGCGGCUCCUCUCUUCACGAGCCAACUGACAUGAGUGAGUGUUUACACUGACGUACAGAGCUGAACCUCAGACAAUGUCCAGUUUUUAAAGUUGAUCAUCUUGUUUAGGGCUAGAGAGAGAGAGUGCUCUCUGAGCCACUCACUACUCCUUCUCCAUGCAUCAUAUUCUCUAUCGGGAGGAGCCUGGGAUGUUUGUGUUUAUUACUGUGUGUUAUUUAUCCCACAGAAUGUUACCACAAAGCUCUUAUGAUUUUAUACGUCUCUGUUGUUUUUUCUGCUGCAUGAAAAUAUUUUUUAAUUAGACUGCAGUAAUAUAAAAAAUGCAAUGUUCUCUAUGAAAUUCAAUAGCCUGUUGUUUCACGCAAAGAGCCAAGAGUUCUCUGAGGCCAUUUUUUGUAGCGCUGAAAAAUAUUUGGGGACAGGAUUUCUAGAAAUGCACAGACAUCCUUACUUUUACAAACCCCCGACAGAGGUCUUCCAUGUUGUUCAUUCAUGCUCACUUAUGUUCAACACAAAGCUCCUUCCUUUGUAAUUUGUCCCAACUCCAGAGAAACGACGGUAUGUCAAAACAACCUGUCGUUCUGUUAUGAACUGGGCAUUUUCAUGGCAUUUUCUUCUCUGGUUAUCUUGCUUGUUUUGGCAUUGGUCCUCUGUUUAUAAUGCUAUGACCUUUCUCUCUGUUUCACAGAAUGAGCUUUGGAUUUGCAUCAACUCCACACUACCUGGUAAGAUCUGCGGGCAGCGGUUCAAAGGCAUACAUUGCUGUUACAGACAAAUGUACCUGUCAGAACAUAAUGCCUCCCAGAUGCAAAAACAUUGUUGAUCCUUACCUACAGACACACACAAAAACGCGCACGCACACACACACACACACACACACACACACACACACACACACACACACACACACACACACACACACACACACACACACACACACACACACACACACACACACACACACACACACACACACACACACACACACACACACACACACACACACACAGCAUUGCUUAGCUCAACACUGUAUACCCAUUGAGCCGACACUAAAAGUCCAUAUAAGUCCACAGUUUAAAGCCAGACUCAGUAAGUCUCAUUUACGUAAUUUGUGUUUAUGAAAUAUCAAACUGUCGGGGCGACAGUUUUACUUGUUUGUUAACAAACCCAGGCAAGAUGUCAUAACAUGCUCUACCUAAGAUUUCUCAAGCGGCCGCUGGGCCAGCUGCCCUUUGAUCAGUAUCAGACAGCUGGUGUUCUCAUUUGCUUGUAGCCUACAACUUGCAUGUAGGUUACUCUACUGUAUUAUAAAAAUGAGUCAGCUAUGAACGUUACAGCAGUAUAAUGUUAUUCUAAUGAACAUAGACAACAAUAUACUGCGCUGCAACGGUAGGCUAUAUAGCGCCAUUAUCUGCUUGAUCUCUUGCUUUUGCAGUGCAAACACCCUCAGAAACUAUAGGGUUGUUAUAAAAGAGAUCAUCCAAGAGGAAAACAACCAGCCAGCUAGCAACUCCAGCAAAGUUUGCGAGUAAGUGCAUGAACGUUUAUUUGGCUGUAGGCUAAUCACACACCAGUAGGCUAUGCACAUUGCAAGCAAUGCGUGUGUGAAAAUAUCUAUUUGUUAGCCAGCUAAAUUAGCUAGCUUGCUAAUUAGCUUCACUUACCAGCAGACAGAGCUGGCUUUUGUGAUUUUUAUUGGCACUGUCCACAGUGUCCAUCAUGCUAGCACUGGUCAUGCUGAGGAGUCUAAAAUAUGGUCCAACUAGCAAGUGGUAAACUAGGAAAAUAUUCCCAAUCUAUUGCUGAAUGAAAAUUGCCCACAAUUCCAGUUUCAUUCAGAAGCUCAUUCUAGAAACAUCAAAUAAACUUUGUAACAACAGACCCGCCGGUGUUUUCAAAUCUGCGCUCCUGCACAUCAUCAGCUGUUGCACAGACAGCUGCACAGACGGACUGACAGCCAGGAGCCAAUAUUACCUUUACGACACGCAUUUGUCAGCUAAAUUACACUUUUAUUCUGUAUCAUUUAACUCUCAUUCAUAAUGAGAGAGAUACACAGUAGAUAGGCCAAUUUGUAUGUAUUGUUGAUGUGUUGCUGUAGUCAUGGAUGGAUCAGAGGAACAGAUAGAAUGUACGUGAUAAAAAAAAUCUAUAUGCAUCAUAAUUACCUGGAGAAAUCUGACCUGCAAUUUGUAAACAAAACUGCUGUACUUAUAAUUAAUAAAAACUUCAUUUUAAUCCCUUUGAAGUGACACAAAUGGCCAAAUAAGCUUUCAUCUAUCCAUUUUGAGAUAUAUUAAAACUGGAAAAAAUAUAUAUUUUAUUUGGGUCUGGCUGAGUCUGGCUUUAAUAUGUUGCCCAUUAAAAAGUAUACAUAUUUUGCAAACCCCCACUAGAGGAUAAAGUUAACCCAUGCUUUUAUUCUGAUAAUGCUACACCCAGCAAGGUUUGUGGGUAAUGGUGGCCAUUUUGGUUUGUCUACAGGAGCGUCCAGGAAGUCCGAUGGUUGGGUGGGCCUUGGCUGCUGUGAGCUGGCCAUCUCGGUCGAGUGCCGCAGGGAGUGCAAGCAGGUGAGAGAGGAAGUUAGUUUGGCCAGUUAUGACCUCAUCCAUAUGGUCUCACCUAAUUCCUCAUUCUCUGACCCUAUAGGCAUCAUCCAAGAACGACAUCACAAAAGUAUGCAAAAAAGACACAGAGGUAAGUAACACAAGGUCAUGUAUUGUGUAAAAUAAUGUGCUUUGUUUAAAUUGAGCAAAUGCUGUUGACUCUGAGAGACUGUAUGUAUUCUCUGCUGCUUUUCCCUGGCCUUUCCCCUGGACUUUACAAGAUAAAGGCAGUGUUAAGUCUUAACGGUCCAAUCUCAGUAUCGUGCUCAUCCCCACCCCUCUUUAUGAGGUAAUUUCCUGUCGUUGUAGCACUCUAGAGGGAGGUAAUUAUCUUAGCUCUGAUUGGAGCCGCUCUCGUCAAAGGAAGAGAGGAGUAAGCUCAUCCAGUCCUGCUAAGAAGACUUAGCUUAGCUAUUAGCUUAGUAUAGCGUAGGCUAGCGAUGUGCUAGCAGAGGUCUCCUUUCAUCUGGCUCACCUCCUCAUUCCAAACAAACAAACAAACAAAGCGGCGGGCUUAAUGUUUGGUUUGGACCACAACCACAACCAAACUCCCCCCACCAGCUUUAAUUAGGCACUGGCCCCUUUCAUCUUGCCCUUUCAUGAAUCCUUGAGAGGGGAGCCAAAGCACGCAGCAGCACUGGCCUUUAUGUUCCUCUAUAACGUUGAUGAAAAGAAGCCAGUUAGUUUUCAGAUGGAGUUUUAACAGUACUUAGGACAGGACAGUUUUUAUGUAUUUUAGUAAAUGAUUUUUUAACCCUUAUUUUACCAGGUAAGUUGACUGUAAACACAUUCUUAUUUACAGCAACGACCUGAGGAAUAGUUACAGGGAAGAGGAGGAGCGAUGAAUGAGCCAAUUGGAAGCUGGGGAUGAUUAGUUUGCCAUAAUGAUAUGAGGGCCAGAUCUGGAAUUUAGCCAGGACACCGGGCUUAACACCCCUACUCUGACGAUGUGCCAUGGGAUCUUUAGUGACUACAGAGAGUCAGAUCCAAAAGACGGCACCCUACACAGGGCAAUAUCCCCAAUCAUUACCCUGGAUACCCAUUUGAUGAGAGAGAGAGAGAGAGAGAGAGAGAGAGAGAGAGAGAGAGAGAGAGAGAGAGAGAGAGAGAGAGAGAGAGAGAGAGCGAGAGAGAGAGCGAGAAAGAGGUGGGGGAGAGAGAGAGAGAGAGAGAGAGAGAGAGAGCGAGAGCGAGAGAGAGAGAUUGUUUAUUAUCUAUUUCACUUGCUUUGGCAAUGUAAACAUAUGUUUCCCAUGCCAAUAAAGCCCCUUAAAUUUAAAUUGAGAGAGCGAGAGAGAGAACGGUUGGUUGUUUUCAUCUAGGGAACGGUCCAGAAUAUUGCUGAGUGAAAUGUAAUGAAUAGAGCUGACACAAUAAUGUUUUUUCAAUUAUACUUUUGAUCACCAAAAUAUUUUUCUUCUCAUUUCCAGAAACCACUCUACAGCUGUAUCAUCAAAAAUGAGAGUAAGUUUCCCAAAUCUCCAUGACAAGCUGCUAGCCCAAGUCCACCAAUCAGAGCGUGACUUUCCAGUGUGAUGCACUGAGAAUUAAACAUGGAGUCAGCUUGGGGCCCUUUGACCUCUUUGAGGAGGAAAAGAGUCGCCACUCUGCUUGACGAGCCGUGUUUACGUGCCUGAAAGGGCAAGGUCUUGACCUUUGGUCCGCAGAAAUGAUUUCAUCUGUCACGGAGUCAGCCAGCUGAUGAAACCCUUAUUUGUAUUCGAAGCUGCAAUGCGGUGGUGUGAAACUGCCCUGCAGACAAGCCCACCACAGACGUGACAGACAUGCCUUUGGGCGAUUAUGAGGAUGUGAGGUCUUGGACUUCCCUGAAGUCUAGCAACUGCAGAUAACCCCCAAUGUUCACCAUGCAUAUUUAAUCAGACUAUUCUCUAGGAAAUCCUGGAAGUCUACUCUAUUCUACUCUAAUUCAGCGAAGAAGAAUUCCUGAUGCUUGAAUGUCGAUCGUUUGCAAUGUCUGUCAUAUAUUUUAUGAAGCUAAAGGCUAUUUAAAGACAAAAUAGUCUAAAUAGCCUUUAUAAUAAUAGUAAUAAUGAACUAUUUUCUAUUUGAUUCUGUUUACAAUUCCAUUGAAGUGAAUGAGUGAUGGAAAGCAUGUUGUAACUGUGUUGUCUGUCUGUGCUGCCUCAGUGGGCUCGGUAUGCUGCAGCUACGCAGGGAGACACACCAACUGCAGAGAGUACUGCCAGGCUAUCUUCCGGACAGACUCCUCCCCCACCCUCUCUCAAAUCAAGGCCGUCAAGGAAUACUGCCAGAGCAUCAGCCCCGAGCUCAUUGGCUGUGUGGGCAACUACACCAAGUCUUACCCUAUUAGGAGCCCCAUAGACAGUGAGUAUUUCUAAUACUGACCUAUCAGGAGCGUCGUAGAUACUGAGUAUAUCUCAUACUGACCAUAUCAGGAGCUUCGUAGAUACUGAGUAUAUCUAAUAUUGACCUAUCAGGAACUUCGUAGAUACUGAGAAUAUCUAAUACUGACCUAUCAGGAGCUUCGUAGAUACUGAGUAUAUCUAAUACUGACCUAUCAGGAGCUUCGUAGAUAUUGAGUAUAUCUAAUACUGACCUAUCAGGAGCUUCAUAGAUACUGAGUAUAUCUAAUACUGACCUAUCAGGAUCUUCGUAGAUACUGAAUAUACCUAAUACUGACCUAUCAGGAUCUUCGUAGAUACUGAAUAUACCUAAUACUGAGCUAUCAGGAGGUUCGUAGAUACAGAGUAUAUCUAAUACUGACCUAUCAGCAGCCCCAUAGAUAAUGAGUAGUCUUAUACCCAAAUAAUUGCCCAAGUAAAUGCCCCUCGGGAAUAAAGAAUAAUAUAUUUAAUUGAAUUGAAAUACUAAUCUAUCAGGACCCCAUUUAAUAUAGCCAGUGUGUAUCUUAUGUCUGUGUUGCCUUCCUCCCAUCACUGUCUAUCACUAAGUGUGUCCGUCCAUCUGUCUGUCCUUCCAGGCCUGUACUGCUGCGACCGGGCCGAUGAGCCCCACUGCCAGGUGGCGUGCCGGCGCAUCCUUCGCACCAUGACCACGGAGCAUGAGAUCAUGGAGGGCCUGAUUGAUGAGUGCGGCAGCCAGCCACUGCCCCAGGACCCGCUGUGGCAGUGCUUCCUGGGCAGCGCCCACCCCCCCACCAAGAGCGAGACGGAGACCUCCCCCACCGCCAAGAUGGACGGCGCCAAGCUACACUGCUGCUCCAAAGCCAAUACCUCAUUGUGCCGGUUAGUUGGAGUCAUUGUACUCUGAUGAGAUGCUUAUAAUAAUAAUAUGCCAUUUAGCAGACGCUUUUAUCCAAAACUACUUAGUCAAUUGUACGAACAUUAUAUGUAUCAGUGGUCCUGGGAGUCAAACCCCCUAUCCUGGCGUUACAAGCACCAUACUCUACCAACUGAGCUAGCUACAGAGCCUUACAGAAACCACUUGAAUUUCAGGUGAACAUGUGAAGUGUUCCAAAAACACAUUUUCAUGUAAUCACAUAUGGCAACACGUAAAGCAACAUGUGAUAACAUGAAUCUAAACAUGUGAAAACAUGGUCACAUGUGAAGUGUUCCAAAUACAUAUGUUUUCACGUGUUUUUUCUGUAAGGGGAGGACCAUAAUAUCACUUCUAGUCAUUAGAACUGAUUACAGUUACAGUAUAGUGCAGAAAGUGCCUUACAUUGUAUGCAGGUAACUUCAACUCAUAGGGUUGGUUUCCAGGACACAGAGAAUCUACAUUGAAAGUGAUUUAGUCCGGGAAACUGGGCCAUGGUAUACAGUGUUGAUAUCCAGUUGAGCUGUGUAAAUAUUGAUUGCAUGUGAACUAGGCACAGUUUUCUACUGAUCAAAAUUAACAGGAAGUUUUAGAACACCUACUCAUUCAAGGGUUUUUCUUAAUUUUUCUUAAUAGUGAAGACAUCAAAACGAUGAAAUAACACAAUCAUGUAGUAACUACAAAAGUGUUCAACAAAUCAAAAUAUAUUUUAUAUUUGAGAUUCUUCAAAUAGCCACCCUUUGCCUUGAUGAUAGUUUUGCACACUCUUGGCAUUCUCUCAACCAGCUUCAUGAGGAAUGCUUUUCCAACAGUCUUGAAGGAGAUCCCACAUAUUUACAUUGACAUUUUAGUCAUUUAGCAGACGCUCUUAUCCAGAGCGACUUACAGUUAGUGAGUGCAUACAUUUUCAUACUGGCCCCCCGUGGGAAAUGAACCCACAACCCUGGCGUUGCAAGCGCCAUGCUCUACCAACUGAGCUACACGGGGCCUGACCACUUGUUGGCUGCUUUUCCUUCACUCUGCAGUCCAACUCAUCCCAAACCAUCUCAAUUGGGUUGAGGUUGGGUGAUUGUGAAGGCCAGGUCAUCUGAUGCAGCAGUCCAUCACUCUCCCUCUUGGUCAAAUAGCCCUUACACAGCCUGGAGGUGUGUUUUGGGUCAUUGUCCUGUUGAAAACAAAUGAUAGUCCCACUAAGCGCAAACCAGAUGGGAUGGCGUAUUGCUGGUUAAGUGUGCCUUGAAUUUUAAAUAAAUCACAGACAGCAAAGCACCCCCACACCAUCACACCUCCUCCUCCAUGCUUCACGGUGGGAACCGCACAUGCGGAGAUCAUCCGUUCACCUACUCUGCGUCUCAGAAGACACGGCUGUUGGAACUAAAAAUCUCAAAUUUGGAUUCAUCAGACGAAAGGACAGAUUUCCACCAGUCUAAUGUCCAUUGCUCGUGUUUCUUGGCCCAAGCAAGUCUCUUCUUCUUAUUGGUGUCCUUUAGUAGUGGUUUCUUUGCAGCAAUUCGACCAUGAAGGCCUGAUUCACGCAGUCUCCUCUGAACAGUUGAUGUUGAGAUGUGUCUGUUACUUUAACUCUGUGAAGCAUUUAUUUGGGCUGCAAUCUGAGGUGCAGUUAACUCUAAUGAACUUAUCCUCUGCAGCAGAGGUAACUCUUGGUCUUUCUUUCCUGUGGCGGUCCUCAUGAGAGCCAGUUUCAUCAUAGCGCUUGAUGGUUUUUGCCACUGCACUUGAAGAAACUUCCAAAGUUCUUGGCAUUUUCCGUAUUGACUGACCUUCAUGUCUUAAAGUAAUGAUGGACUGUCGUUUCUCUUUGCCUUUUUGAGCUGUUCUUGCCAUAAUAUGGACUUGGUCUUUUACUAAAUAAGGCUAUCUUCUGUAUACCACCCCUACCUUGUCACAACACAACUGAUUGGCUCAAAUGCAUUAAGGAGGAAAGUAAUUCCACAAAUUAACUUUAAGAAGGCACACCUGUUAAUUGAAAUGCAUUCCAGGUGACUACCUCAUGAAGCUGGUUGAGAGAAUGCCAAGAGUGUUCAAAGCUGUCAUCAAGGCAAAGGGUGGCUACUUUGAAGAAUAUAAAAUAUAUUUUGAUUUGUUUAACACUUUCUUGGUUAAUACAUGAUUCCAAAUGUGUUAUUUCAUAGUUUUGAUGUCUUCACUAUUAUUCUACAAUGUAAAAAAUAGUAAAAAUAAAGAAAAACCCUUGAAUGAGUAGGUGUGUCCAAACUUUUGACUGGUACUGUAUAUAUAUAUAUAUAUAUACAGUGGGGAGAACAAGUAUUUGAUACACUGCCGGUUUUGCAGGUUUUCCUACUUACAAAGCAUGUAGAGGUCUGUCAUUUUUAUCAUAGGUACACUUCAACUGUGAGAGACGGAAUCUAAAACAAAAAUCCAGAAAAUCACAUUGUAUGAUUUUUAAAGUAGUGAAUUUGCGUUUUAUUGCAUGACAUAAGUAUUUGAUACAUCAGAAAAGCAGAACUUAAUAUUUGGUACAGAAACCUUUGUUUGCAAUUACAGAGAUCAUACGUUUCCUGUAGGUCUUGACCAGGUUUGCACACACUGCAGCAGGGAUUUUGGCCCACUCCUCCAUACAGACCUUCUCCAGAUUCUUCAGGUUUUGGGGCUGUCGCUGGGCAAUACGGACUUUCAGCUCCCUCCAAAGAUUUUCUAUUGGGUUCAGGUCUGGAGCCUGUCUAGGCCACUCCAGGACCUUGAGAUGCUUCUUACGGAGCCACUCCUUAGUUGCCCUGGCUGUGUGUUUUGGGUCGUUGUCAUGCUGGAAGACCCAGCCACGACCCAUCUUCAAUGCUCUUACUGAGGGAAGUAGGUUGUUGGCCAAGAUCUCGCGAUACAUGGCCCCAUCCAUCCUCCCCUCAAUACGGUGCAGUCGUUCUGUCCCCUUUGCAGAAAAGCAUCCCCAAAGAAUGAUGUUUCCACCUCCAUGCUUCACAGUUGGGAUGGUGUUCUUGGGGUUGUACUCAUCCUUCUUCUUCCUCCAAACACGGCGAGUGGAGUUUAGACCAAAAAGCUCUAUUUUUGUCUCAUCAGACCACAUGACCUUCUUCCAUUCCUCCUCUGGAUCAUCCAGAUGGUCAUUGGCAAACAUCAGACGGGCCUGGACAUGCGCUGGCUUGAGCAGGGGGACCUUGCGUGCGCUGCAGGAUUUUAAUCCAUGACGGCGUAGUGUGUUACUAAUGGUUUUCUUUGAGACUGUGGUCCCAGCUCUCUUCAAGUCAUUGACCAGGUCCUGCCGUGUAGUUCUGGGCUGAUCCCUCACCUUCCUCAUGAUCAUUGAUGCCCCACGAGGUGAGAUCUUGCAUGGAGCCCCAGACCGAGGGUGAUUGACCGUCAUCUUGAACUUCUUCAAUUUUCUAAUAAUUGCGCCAACAGUUGUUGCCUUCUCACCAAGCUGCUUGCCUAUUGUCCUGUAGCCCAUCCCAGCCUUGUGCAGGUCUACAAUUGUAUCCCUGAUGUCCUUACACAGCUCUCUGGUCUUGGCCAUUGUGGAGAGGUUGGAGUCUGUUUGAUUGAGUGUGUGGACAGGUGUCUUUUAUACAGGUAACGAGUUCAAACAGGUGUAGUUAAUACAGGUAAUGAGUGGAGAACAGGAGGGCUUCUUAAAGAAAAACUAACAGGUCUGUGAGAGCCGGAAUUCUUACUGUUUGGUAGGUGAUCAAAUACUUAUGUCAUGCAAUAAAAUGCAAAUGAAUUACUUAAAAAUCAUACAAUGUGAUUUUCUGGAUUUUUGUUUUAGAUUCCGUCUCUCACAGUUGAAGUGUACCUAUGAUAAAAAUUACAGACCUCUACUAGCUUUGUAAGUAGGAAAACCUGCAAAAUCGGCAGUGUAUCAAAUACUUGUUCUCCCCACUGUAUAUAUAUAUAUAUAUUCAGGUUUUUCCCACAGUUUUCAGAUUUCAGAUUAUUACACAUUUCAAGAUUUACAAUUACAGAUUACUUUAUACAGUUAGAUGGGUCAGAAGGUUAGGUACACUCAAAGUCAUGGAGAUUUUUACGUUGUUCAAAGGUAGUGUUCAUUUGAGUCUGGUUUUACACGCUUGGGUUGUGUGUCUGUCUGUAUGUUUAACUCGGUUUUCUCAACCAAAAGGGACAUGUGUCAGGAGAUCAGCACCAAUUGGGGCACUCAGACAUGGCAGGAGUUUGACCAGAUGUGUGAGUACAACUCUGUGGAGACGGACCUGAUCACCUGUUUGGCCGACGUCAGGGAGCCCUGCCAGCUGGGCUGUAAGGACCUGGCCUACUGCACCAACUUCAACAACAGGUGUGGUAUAUACCUAGCUACUAUACUAGAUAAUAUACCUACUAUACCAGUUAAUAUAACUACUAUACCAGUUAAUAUACCUACUAUACCAGUUAAUAUACCUACUAUACCUGUUAAUAAUAUACCUACUGCACCAACUUCAACAACAGCUAUAUAAUAUACCUAUCUACUAUACCAGUUAAUAUACCUACUAUACCUGUUAAUAUACCUACCGCACCAGCUUCAACAACUGGUGUGUUAUAUUACUAGGUAAUAUACCUACUGCACCAGCUUCAACAACAGGUGUGUUAUAUUACCAGACAAUAUACCUACUAUCAGGUGCGGACUUUGCUAUGUUUCAGAGUUUUCAAUUGAAAUGGGCCCCUACUGACUGUCACUGUACUAUUUUACAUUUACAUUUUACAUAUUGGUCAUUGAGCAGACACUUUUAUCCAGAGGCUGGCAGACUGCUAGCAAGCUGGCAGACCAUUUCAGCCAGCAUGUACAGUGUCUUCAGAAAGUAUUCACACCCCUUGACUUUUUUCACAUUUUGUUACAGCCUGAAUUUAAAAUGGAUUAAAUUGAGAUUUUGUGUCACUGAUCUACACACAAUGCCCCAUAAUGUCGAAGUGGAAUUAUGUCUUUAGAAAUGUUUACAAAUGAAUUAAAAAUGAAAAGCUGAAAUGUAUUGAGUCAAAAAGUAUUCAACCCUUUUGUCAUGGGAAGGCUAAAUAAGUUCAGGAGUGAAAACGUGCUUAACAAGUCACAUAAUAAGUUACAUAGACUCACUCUGUGUGCAAUAAUAGUGUUUAACAUGAUUUUUAAAUGACUACCACAUCUCUGUUCCCCACACAUACAAUUUCCCACACAUACAAUUUUCUGUAAGGUCCCUCAGUCGAGCAGUGAAUUUCAAGCACAGAUUCAACCACAAAGACCAGGGAGGAUUUCCAAUGGUUCGUAAAGAAUAUAAAAUAUUCCAAAAUAUGCAUCCUGUUUGCAAUAAGGCACUAAAGCAAUAAAGCAAAAAAUUAGGCAAAGAAAUUUACUUUUUUCCUGAAUACAAAGAGUUAUGUUUGGGGCAAAUCUAACACAACACUGAGUACCACUCUUCAUAUUUUCAAGCAUGGUGGUGGCUGCAUCAUGUUAUGUGUGUGCUUAUCAUCGGCAAGGACUAGGGAGUUUUUUUAGGAUACAAAUAAACUGAAUAUAGCUAAGCACAGGCAAAAUCCUAGAGGAAAACUUGGUUCAGUCUGCUUUCCAACAGACACUGGGAAACAAAUUCACCUUUCUCAGGACAAUUACCUAAAACACAAGGCCAAAUAUACACUGGAUUUGCUUACCAAAAUGACAUUGAAUGUUCCUGAGUGGCCUAGUGACAGUUUUGACUUAAAUCAACUUGAAAAUCUGAGCCAAGACUUGAAAAUGGCUGUCUACCAAUGAUCAAUAACCAACCUGACAGAGCUUGAAUCAUUUUUUAAAGAAUAAUGGGCAAAUAUUGUACUAUCCAGGUGUGCAGAGACUUACCCAGAAAGACUCACAGCUGUAAUCGCUGCCAAAGGUGAUUCUAACAUGUAUUGACUCUGGUAGUUGAAUACUUAUCUCAAGAUAUAUUAGUGUUUUAUUUUCCAUUAAUAAUAAAGAAUUCGCAUCUUUCUUCUUCACUUUGACAUUAAAGACUGUUUUGUGUAGAUCGUUGACAAAAAAAUGACAAUUAAAUCCAUCAUUAUCCCACUUAGUAACACAACAAAAUGCGAAAAAACUCAAAGGGUGUGAAUACUUUCUGUAUUAUUAUUUAUUAUUAUUAUUAUUAUUAUUAUUAUUAUUAUUAUUAUUAUUAUUAUUAUUAUUAUUAUUAUACAGUUGCAAUAUAUGACACUCUUAACAGAUGCUUUUAUGCAUACAUUUUUGUAUGAGGUCCCUGCGGCAAAUGAACUCAAAACCUUUGCAUUGCUAGUGCCACGCUUUUACGAACUGAACCACACAGGACCACACUGUACCACACUGUACCAGACCUACAAUAGGUCUACAACAGGUCUGGUACCUACUAUACUCUACUGACUAACUCAAAAUCCAACAUUCACAAUGACUGCAUACAUCCAAAAGGAGUCUGUAGUGCUCUGUUGCAUUGAUGGGCCUUCUCAUUUAGUCACAUAUCCAAUUUCAACACAACAAGCUGUGUAAAAGAUAAAAGCAACCCCGGGAUAUGACAAUGAGUGUGAAAAAUAAAAAGAACACGUAAAAGUCUAAGUGAGUCAUCUCGUUAAACCAGAGUGUAACUCACAAAUGGUCGAAUGGUGAACUGGCAUCCUGCAAACACGUCCUCCAUCACCUCAAGCAUUGGGCUGGUCUGACGCACGCUAGGCUAAUAUGAUUUAUUAGUCCUGGAGUGUCCCAGGAAGGUCAGGGGAGAAGGCAAGGGUGAGUAGGGAGGGAGUGAGUGAGUGAGUGCAUCCACCCCACCCUUUUCCCCAGCCCCGUGGUUGGUGGGUUAGUGGCCUCCAUGCAUAACCCUAUGUGCCUCUCAAAACCCAAACUGGAACCAACAGCCUUGUAACCACAUUAAAUAAUACACUGCAGUUAACACAAUGACAUUGGUGCGUUUUAUGUAUUUAUCUUUCUAUUUAAACGUUGGUUGUGAAAUGAAUUGCUGUGUCUAGUCGAUCCCAUGCUAGUCAUUAUGGCUGGCCAACUGGUUGGGGCCGGGUGAAACCAAGACCUCUGGGGUCUCUUCAGAGAGACAAUGACUAGUUGACGACGAUGUUGCUUUAUAGGCUCUGUGAGUGUUGUGGUCGCCUUCCAUGACUUUGUACUAUGUUGUUUGGAGGUCACCGAGAAAGAAGGAGAGAGAAAAGGAUAGAGAGAAUGUGUGUGUGUGCGUGUGUUUGUAUGUGUGUGUGUUUAAGACUGUGUGUGUGUGUGUGUGUGUGUGUGUGUGUGUGUGUAAGACUGUGUGUGUGUGUGUGUGUGCGUGCCCGCCUGUCCACAAAUCUCCGUUCCACCACCACCAUCCAUUUGCUUUGUCCGGUUUCAAAAGCAUUGUUUUUCGAGGCUGAAGUCAGGGACAGAGAAAAAUAUGAUUGGAUACUAGGGGAUCUGAAGGACGUGAGCUACAGACUUAAAUUUAAUCUCAUUGCUUGACCUCUCUUUGUCUGUGAUAUCGUUUUCUAUAUGUCUUUGUCGGUUGACUGUAUCGGUUACAACACAAUAAUAAUGAUAACCAUAACAACAUGAUUAUCAUAAAACAUACUGUAUCAACGCUUGAAUUGCAGCCCAGCAGUCAAAGCGAUGUAAUCAAUGUUUAAUCAAACAAAAAAAGUCACCAAAACUUCUCAUGGUAGGCCCUCUUAGAGAAGAUUUGGAAAUCCCAAGUAUUCCAUGUAUUAUUUUCAUUGGAGAAGGUCAAUGAAUUCCUCUUUAGAUGAUGGCACCGCUGCUCCCCACUGUGGGAUUUAGAGUUCAGACAAACAAACGUUGCUCUCAUUUCCUUUGAAGGAGUCCCGGGGCCAUCGUACGAGAGUCUUCCCCCCCCCCCCCUGAGGGGUUCAAAAGCUGGGGUGACCAGCGGCGUGGGGGCACAGUCGCAGUAUGGAAUUAAAUAGGGCUGGAGGCUAAAAAUACUUUGUGACCUCUGUCUGUCUGUCUGUCUGUCUGGCUAUCUGUCUGUCCAUCUACUCAUCUGUCUGCCUGUCUGUCUGGACAAUAUUCUUAUCUUGGCAUGGCCCAGGGCCCACCAAAGCCCAGGGCAGGAAGUCUCAAUCCACAUGCCAAUCAUUCUGAGAGGAGGGUGGGAGAGGUCGGCAAAGCUAGAGAGAGGGAGGUUGGGAGGAUAAGAGUGUGGGGGAAAGAGGUAAUGUAUACAAACCCAGGCCCUAGGAUGUUGACUCUGGUUGACUCAAGUUAUUAAGAAGAAAAUAUUGAGUUAUAUGAGGAAUAGCUGACUCACGGACUGUAUUGAGCCUGCAUGGUGAAAAUGACAUUUAUUUAAUAACUAUCCUAAAUACUUAUGCUUUAACUGGAGCUACUUUCCUUCCUUUCCAUCUGGGUGGUUUUCAAUGUGUAGAGAGACAUAAAAGAGAGAGGCAGAGUAGGAACGAGUCACUGUAAAUAAAAGCGAAGAGGUCAUGAAAGUUGUGGAAAACCUCUGUGACCAUUACCCACUACCCACCCAUGGGGUCACGUUUGGUUCAUGACCUGGAGCUGCGGUAAGGCUGUGGUCCCUCUGCUUGUCGUCAAGACCUCACUUUCCUUCCCCUCUCCCCUCACUCACACACACACACAGACACACCAGAGGUGUGGACUCCAGUCACAUGACUUGGAUUCACAAAUUUGAUGACUUGAGACUCGACUUGAUAUAAAAUAAAAUAACUUGAGACUUUACUUGGACUUGGACCAUCAAGACUCGGGACUUUGACUUGAGACUGAUUACUUGAAAUGAUCUGGCCAGGUUUUCUAAUGUUUUGACACUCAUUUUGUGGCACAGAGUCGCCGUGGAUUACUCUCCACGCAGCCAGAGCCAGUAGCUUGCAAAAAAAUGGCUAGUGAAAUGCACACUCGGUCCUCUGAUUGAACCAGAAAACUGUCAAUCAACACAGAUCGGGUGAGCUAGUGGUUCUCUUUUGAGCGGUGCGAGUAUGAAACUGAAUGGGAAGAAUACAUAUUUUUCAUAGGCCUACAUAUUUUAAUAGAUUACAUAGGUAGGCUAUAGUCUACCAUUUGUAUUUUAUAUUUAUACACUACCGGUCAAACGUUUUAGAACACCUACUAAUUCAAGGGUUUUUCUUUAUUUUUACUAUUUUCUACAUUGUAGAAUAAUAGUGAAGACAUCAAAACGAUGAAAUAACACAUAUGGAAUCAUGUAGAAACCAAAAAAGUGUUAAACAAAUCAAAAUAUAUUUUAUAUUUGAGAUUCUUCAAAUAGCCACCCUUUGCCUUGAUGACAGCUUUGCACACUCUUGGCAUUCUUUCAACUAGCUUCAUGAGGUAGUCACCUAGAAUGCAUUUCAAUUAACAGGUGUGCCUUCUUAAAAGUUCAUUUGUGAAAUGUCUUGCCUUCUUAAUGCGUUUGAGUCAAUCAGUUGUGUUGUGACAAGGUAGGGGAGGUAUACAGAAGAUAGCCCUAUUUGGUAAAAGACCAAGUCCAUAUUAUGGCAAGAACAGCUCAAAUAAGCAAAGAGAAACGACAGUCCGUCAUUACUUUAAGACAGUCAGUCAAUACGGAACAUUUCAAGAACUUUGAAAGUUUCUUCAAGUGCAGUCGCAAAAACCAUCAAGCGCUAUGAUGAAACUGGCUCUCAUGAGGACUGCCACAGGAAUGGAAGACCCAGAGUUACCUCUGCUGCAGAGGAUAAGUUCAUUAGAGUUACCAGCCUCAGAAAUUGCAGCCCAAAUAAAUACUUCACAGAGUUCAAGUAACAGACACAUCUCAACAUCAACUGUUCAGAGGAGACUGUGUGAAUCAGGCCUUCAUGUUCGAAUUGCUGCAAAGAAACCACUACUAAAGGACACCAAUAAGAAGAAGAGACUUGCUUGGGCCAAGAAACACGAGCAAUGGACAUUAGACCGGUGGAAAUGUGUCCUUUGGUCUGGAGUCCAAAUUUGAGAUUUUUGGUUCCAACUGCCUUAUUGCAUAGUUUUGAUGUCUUCGCUAUUUCUUACUAUUAAAAUAGUAAAAAUAAAGACAAACCCAUGAAUGAGUAGGUGUUCUAAAACCUUUGACCAGUGGUGUACAUUUGCCUAUUCGAUCUGGUCACUAACAUAGGCCUACUGCAUUACACCAAAUUAUUGUCUCAAAAACAUCUUAUCUGUGCUUCAGAACCGAAGAGUUGCGCGUCCUGACUGUUGACCAUUGACCAGUCAUCAGCUUUGGCGCACAUAUCCAGAUUAGUGACCAGAAAGCACUUGUUUUCUCCGGUUAUGCCUGACAGAAAUAGGGUAGGCUACGUUUAUAUUAUCCAUAUAGAAUACAGUUUAGCAAUCUGCUACGGAUGCUUUUUGCCAGAACAAUAGACUACAUGGCAAUUUCAUUGAUCAUUUUCAUAUUUCAGAUAGACCUAGUUUGGGUUAUAUACCUCAGUUCUGCUUACUGGCUAUGUCUGAAGAGAGUUGUAACAUCGCACUGCCUUCAAUACUUAAGGGAUGAAGAUGUAACAUUCUGGCGAAUUUAUUACGAUAUUUGUAAGAAAUUUGGAAGAAAAAGGCUACAGACAGACCAUGCUUUCAAACCUCCGCCACAUACAGUGGAUCAUCAACCUCUGCCGCAUACAGCGGAUCAUCAACCUCCGCCACAUACAGCGGAUCAUCAACCUCCGCCGCAUACAGCGGAUCAUCAACCUCCGCUGCAUACAGCGGAUCAUCAACAUCCCCCGCAUACAGCGGAUCAUUAACCUCCGCCGCAUACAGCGGAUCAUCAACCUCCACCGCAUACAGCGGAUCAUCAACCUCCGCUGCAUACAGCGGAUCAUCAACCUCCGCCACAUACAGCGGAUCAUCAACCUCCGCCACAUACAGCGGAUCAUCAACCUCCGCUGCAUACAGCGGAUCAUCAACCUCCGCUCCAUACAGCGGAUCAUCAACCUCCACCGCAUACAAGUAGGCUGUAUGAUCAUCAACCUCCGCUGCAUACAGCGGAUCAUCAACAUCCACCGCAUACAGCGGAUCAUCAAUCUCCGCUGCAUACAGCGGAUCAUCAACCUCCGCUCCAUACAGCGGAUCAUCAACAUCCACCGCAUACAGCGGAUCAUCAACCUCCGCCGCAUACAGCGGAUCAUCAACCUCCGCCGCAUACAGCGGAUCAUCAACCUCCACCGCAUACAGCGGAUCAUCAACCUCCGCCGCAUACAGCGGAUCAUCAACCUCCACCGCAUACAAGUAGGCUGUAUGAUCAUCAACCUCCGCCGCAUACAGCGGAUCAUCAACCUCCGCCGCAUACAGCAGAUCAUCAACAUCCACCGCAUACAGCGGAUCAUCAACCUCCGCUGCAUACAGCGGAUCAUCAACCUCCGCCGCAUACAGCGGAUCAUCAACCUCCGCCGCAUACAGCGGAUCAUCAACCUCCACCGCAUACAAGUAGGCUGUAUGAUCAUCAACCUCCGCCGCAUACAGCGGAUCAUCAACCUCCGCCGCAUACAGCAGAUCAUCAACAUCCACCGCAUACAGCGGAUCAUCAACCUCCGCUGCAUACAGCGGAUCAUCAACCUCCACCACAUACAAGUAGGCUGUAUGAUCAUCAACCUCCGCUGCAUACAGCGGAUCAUCAACAUCCACCGCAUACAGCGGAUCAUCAACCUCCGCUGCAUACAGCGGAUCAUCAACCUCCACCGCAUACAGCGGCUCAUCAACCUCCGCCGCAUACAGCGGAUCAUCAACCUCCGCCGCAUACAGUGGAUCAUCAACAUCCACCGCAUACAGCGGAUCAUCAACCUCCGCCGCAUACAGCGGAUCAUCAACCUCUGCCGCAUACAGCGGAUCAUCAACCUCCGCCGCAUACAGCGGAUCAUCAACCUCCGCCGCAUACAGCGGAUCAUCAACCUCCACCGCAUACAAGUAGGCUGUAUGAUCCUGCUUGCUCUGGACUCUAGAGACAUGACAUCCCUAGUUGAUCAUGACUGUUAAAAUCAAUGACUUUCAGCUUAAAAUGCAGGUAUAAAACGCAGUUUAUAUCUGUAUCUUGCAUUUUGAAAAUGCAUCACCAUUUAUGGAUGUAAUGACACAUUAAUAGUCGCGGGAAGUAGGGAUGCUGAGGGUGCUGCAGCACCCCCUGAAAAUUUUUUUUUUCACAAAAGUAGUGCACUGGGCCUUUACUAUUAGCGGACUGAUAUAGCUGUCUGUAGCAUGCCGCCAUCCAACACAAGUCAUUGCAUGUAUAGGUUUUUAUAUUUUACUUGACUUGAGACUUGACUUGAAAAAACUUGUGACUGGACGUGACUUGCUUUAAGAAUGCAUGACUUGGACUUGACUCGAGACUCGACCCAUUCUACUUGUGACUCGACUUGAGACUCGGACCUUGUGACUUGAGACUUGCUUGUGACUCGAAUAAUAGUGACUUGGUCCCACCUCUGACACACUUACACACACACAAAUAAACACACACACACGGCAAGGCAGCAUGAGUGGCCAGUGGGAGGUUUUAAAGGCUGUCAUUAAACCAACCACUGGCUGGAGAUCAGCGCUAGAACACAUCCAACCUCAGCCCCGGAAAUAUCCCUCCCUCACCCAGUGGAACCUACCAAUCACCCAGCCCACACUGGACAUCAAUGAAUGACACUUCCUCCCUCCCGUAGAUCAUUAAAGAAAAUAGUCCUUGCCCCAGCAACAGGUUUCCUCAAGAAGUAGUGCUUCUCAGCCCCAGCCGUUGGUCUUUUGUUCCUGGCUUGUAUCUGGGAUGUUUCUGCAGUGACUAAUAGUAGUAAACCGUGACAUCACCACAGCCACAUCCAUGUGCUGUUGAGCUGUUGACACAACAUCUGGACUCACAGGGCAGAGUGAACGUGCAACCCAUUAGACAGAGAGAGGCAAUGUUGUGUGUUAUGUUUUGGUGUAUGUGGACAUUCGUUUUUGUCUUCUGUAGUAAGAUUCACUUUGUGAUUCACUUUGUGUCCAUGUCCUAACCUCGAGUCGAAGCUACCUUGCACCCCUCCCAAAAAUGUUACCCAAUCCUCUGUGUUUCUGAAUACAUUUGCAUUCAUUCUGAUAGGUGCAUAGCUCUAUUGAGUACAUCUGCUAAUUCUAUAACGUCUCCCUGUCUUAUUGACUCCAGGCCCACUGAGCUGUUCCGUAGCUGUAACGUUCAAUCAGACCAGGGCGCCAUGAACGACAUCAAGCUGUGGUCCAAUGGGACGAUCAAGAUGCCCUUUAUGAACAUCCCCGUCCUGGACAUCAGGAAGUGUCGUCCGGAGAUGUGGAAGGCUGUGGCCUGCGCCCUGCAGAUCAAACCCUGCUACAGCAAGUCCCGCGGCAGCGUCAUCUGCAAGUACGUACCCUCUGACUUUGGUGUAGUUUCCCAAACCCAGGUUAAGCCAACUCCAGGACUAAAAAGUGUCCAUUGGAGAAUCCCCAUUGAAAGUGCUUUUUAGUCCAGGGAUUGGCUUAAUGUGGGUCUGCUGCUAAUGCGUUACCAUUUAUCCUGCCUUUGAGAGAACAUUCUAUCUUGAAAUCACCCACCUGGUAAAAUAAAGGUAAUACAUAGUUAAAUAAGUACAUACAGCAUCCCACCUUCACCUUCAAUCGACUCCCGUUAUCAAAGUAAAAAGUCUCCCUCAGGAAACGACCGCCAAAGUACCAGCUGGAACUAAAAACCACAUGAACCAAAUACAGGUGAUCUCAUAUAGAGCACUCUGGUGAUACAACAUGUAGUUAGACAAACUCAGGGUGGAGGAUGUUGUGGUUUCUGCACGGCUUGACUCACUACCCUACCUCAGGUUAUUUAUGAGCAGAUCCUUUGACUGAAAGCAAAUCUUUUGAUUGGAGUUUUUUCCCCUGAAAGCAAUCACACCUGGGUUUCUGUCAGGCUGAAUGGGGUAGUUAGCAUGUUAGCGACUGUGGUUAACACACCAGUGUUUACCUGUACACUAGGCUAGCCCUCAGGGCUGUAACAGCCAAUGUAUGUGGAGGCCUUGUCAAUGUGGUCAGGAGAGACGUUCCAGCUGACAGGCUUUAUUCACAGGCGCUACACGUGUGUGACAGUGGCCUUUUGUUGCACCUUUAUUUACAUUUGCAUUUCCAGGGGGAGCCCUUGGGCAGACACACACACACACACACACAUAUAUAGACAGACAGACAGACAGACAGACAGACACACACACACACACACACACACACACACACACACACACACACACACACACACACACACACACACACACACACACAUACAUACACACACACACUCCUUCAUUGUUCUGGAGGUAGGGGGGAUUAGGCCUCCUCACGCUACCCCUUUCAGAGUCAUUCUUCCUGGGCUGCUUUGGGAUGUCAGGGGGCCUGUCUGGAGCUCUGUAUCCCCCGCCCAGCCUCUCCCUCCCUCUAUACCCAGCCACAGAGGACAAAGACAGGAUGUCAGUGAGCGAUGGCAGGGCAGAACCCCACAUACAUCAGUCAGGGUUUAGAUUGGCAUGUUGUAUUGGCCCUGUCCAGUACAACUAAACACUGUGCCUCCACUGUUCAUGUCUGAGCAAGAAAUGUGUGUGUCUGUGUGUGUGUCUAUGUGUGUUGUGUGUUAUGUGUGUGUGUGUGUGUGUGUGUGUGUGUGUGUGUGUGUGUGUACAGGAGUGUGUGCAUGUAUGCUUAUGCCCAUGAACAAAUAAUCUGUCUCUUUUAAUCUCUUAAUCUUCGGCUCUCGUUGAAUGACAUUUCUAUCACACAUAAUUGUUUUGUCAAUCCUAUUUGGCUCAGUGUGUGGAAUGCCAGGUGUACCAUACUGAUUACCUGCAAUACAAAGGUACGUUAUUACACUAGCCCGCUCAAGGCAACAGAAACGCAACAUGCAUUCUUAGCUCAGUGUGGGUAAGAAAAGCUGAGACCGCAAUAAGGACUAGAAAGGAAAUUACACCCCAGGAUGGCAAAUCAACGGAGCAGACAGACGGUUGGGAAUGUAACAUAUGGGCCAGUGGCAGGGCUGAGAGCAGCCAAAGUCACUUCAAACACAAGUCCAGCACUUUAAUGUCUGCACCUAAGCUUUCCCGGCACGAGGAGGAUGCUGUGCGAUGUAUGCAGGGAAUAGGAAUCUAUCUCGUGUUUCGUCUGAGCUCACUUUCAAUAAUAGCCUUCUGCUGUGUCCGUCAAGCCAGACGAUGCUACAGUACGUCUCUGUUUAGAAAAUGUGACCUGGCUAAACUCUAAACUGGGUUAAGGUUCAGCAUCUUUAAACUGUUUGAAACUGUUUUUAGAUAGUGUGUUGCACUGAAUGAAAUCAUUCACAGUCAAAUACUAACUAGAAAGGAGUUUCAAGUUACAUUGCAUACGUUGCUGUAAAUGUUGCAUAGCCUUCGAUCAUUUCGAAACAUCUUGCAACGCUGCAAUUAGGGUUGCAAAAUUCAGCGAACUUUCAAUAAAUCCUGGUUGGAGGAUUCCUGAUUGCCUGCUUAUUCCCUACUGAUUCCGGGAAAACCAGGGAUUUUGCAACCCUUGUUUCGAUAGUGAAUGUUCCUCACCCUGUCCUUCACUGGCUGUUUCCCCUGCUUUUGACAACCCUUCAGGUCGGAUUGUGUAGACAUCCUGACACAGUGUGGCGACAACAAGCGCUUCCACGAGGGACAGACGGCCGAGCGCAUCUGUGAGAUCCUGUCCCCCAUAGACGACCCUGAACGCUGCAUCCCCCUAGAGAGAUACCUCAGUGAGUGGGACUGAGUGUGUGUGUGUGUGUGUGUGUGUGUCUUUGAACAACUAACACUGUUCCCUUACCAUUACCAAUUGAAAGGACUUAUACAUUUACAUGAUUCAUAUUCACACAAUUAAAAGUUUGAUUGUUGAUUCAGCAUUUGGUUAAGUCCUUUCAUUGAAUGUUGAUUACACAUGCAAGGAGUCCAAUUAUUACAAGGAGAAAUGAUUAAUCUCAGAGCUGAUCUCUAAAGCUUAAAAUCAAAUUGCUCAUUGGUCUCCACACAGCUCCUAGCUCCCUGGGUAACAUCAUAGAGGAGGUCAU